AUGAGUAAUAACCUAUGUCUGCGUAGCAUACUAGAUGCUAAUAAACUGACUGGACCAAAAUUUAUUGAGUGGUAUCGCAAUCUGAGAAUGGAUCUCAAGCAAGAGAAGAGGUUAUAUGUCCUUGAUAAGAACAAACCUGAUAUUCCCGCUGAUAAUGCUAUUGAAGAAGAAAGGAAUAACUUCAUUCGUCAUACUGAUGAUGACAAGCAAGCAACAUGUGUGAUGUUAGCCAGCAUGAGUUCUAAACUUCAAAAGCAACAUGAGAAAAUAGAUUCUCGCAUCAUUAUCUUGCAUCUCAGGGAGCUGUUUGACUCCCAAGGUAGGUCUGAUAGGUAUGAGAGCUCUAAGGAAUUGUUCCGUUGUAAGAUGGUAGAAGGCUCUUCAGUUUGUGUUCACGUUCUGAAGAUGAUUGGCUAUAUUGAAAAAUUGGGCCAAUUGGGCAUUGCCAUGGACCAUGAGCUGAGUAUUGACUUAGUUUCAUAG